UGAGUUGUAAAGUGUGAAAACGCGUAAUAAGCACGUCCAUUGGUUGAUCGUGUGGAUUAGUCGUGGGACAAAAACAAGUGACCACGCACGUCCUGGUUUGUUGUGUGACGUCCGAACGCACCAAUCGCCUGCGAGGAGCGGGCUGGUUCCACUUCCCCACAGUGGAGGAGCUUGGCGGACACGGGCGGCCGCCGAUUCAGUAGCAGCCAGUCAUUCAGCCAGCCAUCACCGCCGUUAGCCGCAGCAGCCACCGAGCGAGGGCUCGAUCUCGUCAACGUCCAUCGGAACUGGUGUCUGUCCGUCCGUCCGUCGGCGUGGAGAGAUGGCCGGUAUCUUGGCGUGGUUCUGGAACGAGCGCUUCUGGCUCCCCCACAACGUAACGUGGGCUGACUUGAAGAACACAGACGAGGCGACGUUCCCGCAAGCCGAGGAUCUCUAUUUGGCGUGCCCUUUGGCCUUCUGCAUCUUCAUGGUGCGAUUGCUCUUCGAAAGGUUCUUUGCAAGGCCAUGUGCUGCGGGCCUGAAGAUACAAGCCAACGGUCCACAAAAAGCCCAACCCAACGCUAUCUUGGAGAAGGUUUUCACUGCCAUUACCAAGCACCCAGAUGAAAAGAGGCUGGAAGGCUUGUCCAAGCAGCUGGACUGGGAUGUCCGAACCAUCCAGCGGUGGUUCCGACAAAGACGCAAUCAAGAGAAACCCAGCACUCUCACCCGGUUCUGCGAAAGCAUGUGGAGAUUUACGUUUUAUCUCUACAUUUUCACCUAUGGAGUGCGUUUCCUUAAAAAGACACCCUGGCUGUGGAACACUAAAGAAUGCUGGUACAACUAUCCUUACCAGCCACUGACUGUGGACAUCCAUUAUUACUAUGUACUGGAGCUAUCUUUCUACCUGUCCUUGCUCUUUUCCCAAUUCACUGACAUCAAGAGGAAGGAUUUCCUGAUUAUGCUCCUUCACCAUGUCGCAACCAUCUCCCUCAUCACCUUCUCCUAUGUGAACAACAUGGCGAGAGUUGGAACUCUGGUUUUGUGCCUCCAUGAUGCGGCUGAUGUCCUGAUAGAGGCUGCCAAGAUGGCUAAUUAUGCCAAAUGUCAGAUAUUGUGCAACCUCCUGUUUGCCAUGUUUGCAAUCCUCUUCAUAAGUUCCAGGCUGGCAGUUUACCCAGUGUGGAUUUUAAAUACCACCCUGUUUGAGAGUUGGGACAUUGUUGGGCCCUUCCCGUCCUGGUGGGUCUUCAACCUACUUCUAAUCUUGCUGCAGCUGCUUCACUCCUACUGGUCCUACCUCAUAGUGAAGACCGCAUACCAGGCUAUCUCCAAAGGAAAGGUGGGCAAAUGGAAUCCUUUACAUGUGUCAAAGGACGACUGCAGUGACAUUGAGUCCAGCUCGGAUGAGGAUGACAGCCCUCCAGCCAAACAGAAACACCACAACAGCGCCACCAACGGGACCAACAAACCUCACGGCACCAACGGCUACCUGUCAGGAGCCUCCUAUCCUGAUGAACACUGACGUAGCCGUCACAGCACUGGAGCUACACACCAUUCAUUCAUAUGUGUACAUGUGUGAGUGUGGAGACAUCAUUAACAUCACUGAUGUAAUUCUGCACGUUUUGUUUUCAGUUUAAAUUCCUUUUGGUCUCCUCAUCUGCAUAUUUGCAUUAGCAUUCUAAAUCAAUCCUCCCCAUAUGUUUUAUCAAUUUUUACCGCUGUAAGCAUGCUAUGUCGAUACACAGUCGUCUGGCAUUCUGGGGGUGUGCGCUGCGCGUCCUAUGUUUGUGUCUUUUUAUGUUAUUUAUUUUUCUCACGUUUACUUUCAAUGCUACACCCCCAAAGAGUUGCCAAAAUGAUAAAUGGUGAGCUGAGAUGUGUGGAAUUUGAGCGUUUUUUUUUUUUUUUGGGGGGGGGGGGAACUAACAUUGUCCACUUAAGCUGUAUUUGAGAUGUCAACAACAGUAUUAUGUGUGUGCAUAAGAUAUGACUAGAUGCUGCAUUCGCUGUCGAAGCAUUUUGUUAAGUCGUGCGGCACAUUUUUGCUCGUGGGCCUUGUAAAAGGCAGUCAUGAGUUGUUUGAAUUAUUCAAUAAAUGAACAUGAUAUGAAAUAUCA